AAACGUCAGAUUUAAGUAACUAAAUGCGACAGUGAGUGAUAAUUUGUCAAGACGAAAACUUGAAUUCUCAUGUCCGAAAGUGUCGCGAGAAUUCGUACUACCGCAUAUGUAAAAUAGAAGAAAACGCGGACUUUACGAUAAAUAAAUAUCCUUCGCUCAUUCAAUUUCCUUCCUAUACAAUUCGCUCGCUUAGUCCAUUAGUUAAGGCUACGGUACAGUGAUAAAAAUAUUAGAUUACUCAAAAGGAAUAAAAGUACCACAGAUAUAUGAUAUAAACGCACUUUUCAAAAAUUAUAUGAUAAUAUAAUAUACGACACUUGACACGAAGUCACCGUUUGAAGAACUAUCAGCACCUUAGGAAUAUACAAACCUGCAAAAUGCUAAAUUUCCAACGUCGACUAUUUUACAUAUUCAUUCUGUGUAUAAACACCACAUUCGCGUGGGAUUUCGCCGUCACAACGCAGUCGAAAAUAGUUUUUUAUGAUGAACACUGGCAGGAGGUGACAUCAUCGGCUCAUCAGUUCGAACAUCUUGGUGCCAUCACUUUUGAUGAAGCUGAAGAAAAAGUAUAUUUCACCGAUGAAGUGCAAAACAACGGCAGCAUUUUCUCACUAAUGAUACCGAAAGACUACGAAGAUCCGCAUUUAAUAGAGAAGAUGGUACAGCGCACCAAAAACGAAGCAGUUCGUUCGCUUGCGUACGACCCAUUCGAUCGCAAUCUCUACUGGAGUGAUAUGUUGAAUAAGAAAAUAUUCAUGGUAUCUGUUGAUGCUAACGCGUCUACCACACCAAAAGUGUUCAUAGAUUUCAGGAAUGAAAACACCCAACCCGACGGUAUUGCUAUCGAUUUUUGCCGUCGUACGCUCUUUUGGACUAAUUCAAAUUUUACCAAUUCAAGCAUUGAGCGUAUUGGGUUGGAUGGUAGCGAACGUAAGGUAAUUGUGCGCGGGGAAAUGUAUGCGCCACAUGGUAUAGUCGUUGAUCAGUUGACUGAUCGUAUAUAUUAUGUGGUGGAUCAGCAGGGUAUACAUUUUUCGGUGGAGAGUGCAAAUUUGGAUGGCAGUGAUCGGCAAGUGAUACUGAAGGGCCUUAAUAAUGAACCAUUUAGUUUGGCUGUAACAAAAGAUGCAAUCUUCUGGACCGAUCAUACAAACCGCGCAAUUUGGGGACAUGCGAAAUUCAUUAACAACACCGAAACGAAGCAUUUAGAGCCGGAAGAUGAGACAGUGGAAACAGAAGGGGGCGCAAAUAUGAUACUAAAGUACCAGGACAGGCCGCGUGGCAUAGUCGCACGGAUUCAUUAUCUUACCAAUUCCCUAAAUGAUCAACACUGCCACGAAGUGGUUGCUAGUAUUAAGAAUCGUAUUCUAUCAAUUGCCCAACCCACGAACAGUACGUUAGACUUAGGCGCGCAUGUCUUGCGUAAAAAUUACUGCUUGAAUGGUGGCGAAUUUGUAGCGCAAACAACCAGCUGUAUCUGUAAGAUCGGUUUCAAGGGUACACGUUGUGAGAUCAAUGAGUGCUUCAACUAUUGUGUGCACGGCUCGUGUGUGAUCUCCUCGCUGGGAUUGCCGACGUGCGAAUGUCCUCGCAGUCAUUACGGCGCACGAUGUCAGUGGUACAAGUGUGCCGGCCAUUGUAUGAAUGAUGGUCACUGUAUAAUUGAGGAUCCAGGUGAACCGAGUUGUGAAUGCAAGGAAAAUUAUAGUGGAGCGCGUUGUGAAUAUAACUCUACCGAGAUUUGUGCGCUUUAUUGCCAAAUCUUGAAACUGGAGCCGGAUACGAAUGUGCCUUACGGUUGUCAUGACAUAUGUGAGGAGCUCGUUCAACAUAGUGAAAAUGGUGCAGAAACUUAUGCAAUUCCGAAGUUUGAACAUUUGGAAAUGUGCCAGCAAGUAGAUCCUUGGACUAGUACCGUCAUCGUUGUGUUCGUUUGCGGUGUAGUCGCUUCCCUAGGCUUAAUGCUUUUAAUCGUACAUGGAUUGCGCCGUUUCUACAAACCAGCGCGCCCACGCAUAAAGAAAACUUUUGUGGUACGCAAACAAGCUUCUCCCUCCACGGACACACCGCUCACCAAUCGGCCAAUUGCGACCGAACAAUGUGAAAUUACAAUAGAAAAUUGUUGCAACAUGAAUAUCUGCGACACACCUUGCUUCGAUUCAAAGUUAUUGGAACAAACACUCUCACGCAAUGCCAAGGUCAAGGAAGACAAGAAAAUGCUAAUAAAUAGCAUGGAUGAUGAACUUUAUUAGUACAGCAGUGAAUAAUGUGCCAACGCAGGAUUUGCUUGCGCUGCGGAUACGGUACGCGCAGUCAGGGACUGGCAUACUUCUUCUGCGCGCAAAAAGCGGAGAACAUCUACCAGAGGCCUUACAACGAAGUAACAAAAGAGUGCAUGCAAAUGUAGAACGAAACAAAAGAAGAAAUUGCCAAGAGAGAUUGAUCGAUUUGAAAAUUGGGGAUGUUGGUCUCACGUCAUGGACAUACAUAUGUAGAUAGCACGAGUUCCUCGUCCGUGGCGAAAGAUCCAAGAAGUGCAACAACGGAUAAGCUUUAAAUAGAGUAAUAUACUCUCAGAAGUCACAAAUAGUAAAAUUCAUGUACUUAUUUAAUUUUUUUUUGACACUUAAUUAAUUCAUUAUUAUUGCUUCAAUACUGCAUAGUACUUACUUUUUAUUUUAGUUCAGACAAUCUAACAUUACUCCAACAUGAACUGGUUUUAGUUGAAUUUUUGAAUUAUUUAUUUCUGGAGUCACAUAUAAUUUAUUUUAUUUUGAUUUUAUUAGUUGAUUAUUUAAACAAUCGAGACCAAUUAAGGCUGUUAACACUUUUCAAAAGUGCUGUAAACAUAUAUAUAUAUAUUAUAUGUACAUCUUAAACUUUGUUACUUAAAAUAAAAAUUAUGCACUGAUUCCAAAAAUGGCAGCCAAGCUAAUUAAAUUUAAAAAAUAACAAAAAUUGUUUAUAUCUUUAAUUUAGUUAUAAUAGAAGGUAGUAGUAGGGGUGCUGGAAAUUAUAUGCUUGAAAUAUGCGGAAAAUAUCUUCUAAUGGACAAAGUAUAUUAAUUGGUGAGAUAAUUUUCUUAAAGUUGCUUCCCAUUGGAAACCUAAAUUACGCCACUAUGGUUAAUUAUAUUAUAUGUUAGUAUACAAGUUUUUAUCUACAACAUUAACGUUGAUUUCGUUUAUUACCAGAAGUUAUUGAGUGUUUCAAGCCAAAUAUAGUUUAAAAAAAAUCAUAUUGCAUGUCUAUGAACUAUUUGUCCUCGCAACAAUAAAAACAAAUAUUUUUCUUCACAAACAAAAGUUUAUUUAAAAAUAUUUUCUGCUUAUUUAUGAUCUUAUUCGGCGUUGUGUUGCUAAUAAGAUUAGCGUUUGCUAUAGAAUAGCCCUUGGAAAUGACACACACUAUAAUAUUUAACUUUAACAAAUACAUUUGCACAUACAUACAUAUGUACCAUAUAUGUAUAUGUAAAUAUGCUUACCUGUGCUCUCUGCCAUUAUCAUAGUUACUUUAGUAAUGUUUAAAAAUAAAUGAUUGGAAACAAAAUAAAAUAAUUGUAAGAUCAUUGCAAUAUAUUUGAGUUUUCACAGAGGUACGAGCUGUGGUCUUGGUUAUGGUUAAUUAUAAUGUUAGUAUAAUUUAUUGAAUAAAAAUAAAAAUGCAUA